CUUGACUCGCAACUUCCAUGUACUACCCUCGCCACAUAAAAAAAAAAUAAUAAAAUAAAAUAAAACCCUCGCCACAUUUGCAGUUCUUUGGUGUUCCCUUCUCUUAACCAAACGAGCUCCUUCAAAGCAUUCUCAUCAGUGUCUCGCAGACUAAACCCUAUAAAGAUCUUCACCCUGAGAAGCACAAUCCCCUCAACGUUAACCAAGAGGAGGAGAUGCCGUACAUCAAACAGGAGGUGGAACCAGAGACCCUCUACAUUAAAGAAGAACAGGAAGAUGAAGUUUCCAGUGACCACCAGUGUGAAGAGCGAAGAAGAUGAACGUCCAAGCGAAGAGAGCAGAGCCACGAAAAAAUUGAGCGGCGGCUCAUUUCAGCACCUGACAACAAAAGGAGAUGGACAAUCGCAGCCGGACAGCCUCUUAGCUCCGCUCUCGGACAGCGACGACAUCACGUCGCACUCUUCUGACUAUAACACUGAUGAGGAGGAUGUUGACUUUGACCAAAACGCUUGGAAAUCCUUAAAGAAAUCAUCAUUGAAAAGAGAGACAAAAAAAUGUGCGGGAGGGAAACCGUUUGUCUGCACACUUUGCAACAAAAGAUUUUCCCAGAAAUCUCAUUUAAUAGUACAUGAGCGUACACACACUAGAGAAAAGCCUUUUCUCUGCACAUGUUGUGGUAAAGGAUUCACCCGGAAGAAAAUUUUAAACCAACACACAAGAAUCCACAGUGGAGUGAAGCCUUUUGCUUGUUCACUUUGCAAUAAAAGAUUUUCACAGAGGACUAAUAAAGAAAGGCAUAUGCUGACACAUGCUGGAGAGAAGCCUUUUGUCUGCAUGUGUUGUGGUAAAAGCUUCACCGAGAAGAAAAAUUUAACCAAACACGCAAAAACGCACAGUGGAGAGAAGCCUUAUGCCUGCUCCUUGUGUGAGAAAAGAUUUUAUUUUCAGUCUGGGUUGACAGCACACACGCGUUCACACACUGGAGAGAAACCUUUCGCCUGCACACUAUGCGACAGAAGAUGUUCUCGGAAGUCUGAUUUAAAAACCCAUAUGCGGACACACACUGGAGAAAAGCCUUUUGCCUGCACGUGUUGUGGUAAAAGAUUCUACGAGAAGACAAAUUUAAACAAACAUGCAAUAAUACACAGUGGAGAGAAGCCUUUCGCCUGCACACUGUGUGACAAAAGAUGUUCUCGGAAGUCUGAUUUAAAAACGCAUAUGCGUACACACACUGGAGAAAAACCUUUCGUCUGUACAUGUUGUGGUAAAAGAUUUAGUCACAAGGGAGCUUUAAACGGACACACAAGAACCCACACUGGAGAAAGGCCUUUCUCCUGCUCAGUUUGUGGUAAAAGAUUCACAGAUAAGGGAAAUUUAAACAGACACGCAAGCAAACAUAGUGGAUAGAAGCCUCUUGCCUGUUCCUGAAGUGAGAAAAGAUUUUAUUGCCAGUGUCAGUUGACAACACACAUGCAACACACACACUGGAGAAAAGCCUUUUCCCUGCUCAGUUUGCCAAAAAGGAUUCCGUCAAAAGAUUCACUUAGAUGAGGAAUUUAGUUUUGCAUGCAAGAAACCACACUGGGGAAACACCUUUGAAUUAGUGUUUGACAAGAUAUUCAAAUUCCUGCCACGUAAUAACAGUGGGAACAGCUUUUCAAUUUUCUUAUUCAGUUUCCAUUGAGCCUCUUUUGAAAAAGUUGUUGAAAUUAUUUUGCAGGUCCUUGUCUUUUUCACAACUGUUUCGAUUCGGUUACUUCAUAUCAAGGAUGAUCUUCUCUUUUAUAUUAUGACUUUCAUGCUACUUUGAUUUACUCAGAUGUAGCUUUUGUCUCCUCUAUUUGUUUCUUUUGUAAAGUCUUGUAACGUGACCUUGAGAGUUUUGAAAACGGCUUUGAAAUAAAAUGUAUUAAACUGAAAAAUUUGUGCAUGAAAUAUUGAUUCUAUUUGUACUAGCUCAAUUGAGCUCAUUGAAUGAAUUGCAAGUGUCCGAAUAUAGAAAAUGGCUCUAGUUUGUGAGUUCAUACAGUUUAAAUGUUCUCAAUGAGACUAUUUUGAAAUAUUUGUAUGGUAUUUUUCCUUUAGGACACAAAAGGCUGAUAAAUCCAAGAACAAUUUAUUUCUAUAAUAGGCCUGUGUUAUUAUUUGAACACCUUUGAUGCUACACUUCUCUUUGUUUAAUUUGUGCUCAGUUUCCAAACUUUAUUUAAAUGGUUUCAGGUAGGAUGGCUUUAUAAGUCUUGUGCAUUGUAUUAUUUUGCUCUCUGACAUAGAAUCA